UUUGGAGAUCUCCGGUCUGCAGUUAUUGGGCCGAUCGGCAAAUGAUUCAGCAUCAAUAAUCUGCCUAUCUGUGGAUGUGGAGAUUAUUAUAGAUCUCCCAGCAAAACACUCACACAUCGAUUAGCGGUAAUAAAGCAAAAAUGGCGGUUCCUGCAGCCCCAAACCUGCAGCUGAACACGGCGAGACAAAGCAGCCCUGUGAACUCAACAGAAAACGACAUCCACAUCGACGAGAGAGAGCUGGAAAACAUCACCAACCACAUCGAGGACGGCACCUCGCUGCCGCUGCACUCCCCGUGGACCUUCUGGCUGGAUCGGUCAUUACCAGGUACAACGGCAGCAGAGUGUGAAUCAAAUCUCAAAAAGAUAUACACUGUCCACACUGUACAAAGUUUCUGGAGUGUGUACAACAACAUCCCUGCUGUGUCCUGCCUCCCUCUGAGGUGUAGCUACCACUUAAUGCGAGGAGAAAGAAGACCACUAUGGGAAGAGGAAAGCAAUGCCAAGGGAGGUGUUUGGAAAAUGAAAGUGCCAAAGGAGAGCACAUUAGCUGUGUGGAAGGAGCUCCUAUUGGCUACAAUUGGUGAACAGUUCACAGAUUACUGUGCAUCAGAGGAUGAGGUGGUAGGAGUAAGUGUCAGUGUGAGAGAACGAGAAGAUGUGGUUCAGGUCUGGAAUGGAAACGCCUCUUUUGCCAAUGAGGCAAACGUUUUAGGAAGAAUCUACGAACUU